UAAAGAUUGAACAAGGCUGGCUCCGCCGUAGGCUUGUAUUGCCGCCGCUGGGGGGGGGUGCCGAUAAAGUUGCGCGCGCGGCCGCGGCUCUGGCCCCGGCGGAUGGGCGGUGCUUGCUUUGAACAAAACUUUAUUGUUUCGCCGUGGUGGUGGUGGUGGCGGCGGCGGCGGCGCGCAGGAUGCGCUAAGGCUUCCCCCGCCCGGCCUCGGCAUGUCAGGCAGCCGGCAGCCGCCGCAGCAGCACCCCCCGGCCGGGCAGGGCGCCGCGGCCUCCGCCGUCACUUCGGCUUCCUCGUCGUCGGCGCCGGGCUCCUGCUCCUCGUCCGCGGGGCUCGGGGGCCCCGCGCGGCCUGUGCUGGUGGCGGCCGCCGUCUCGGGCUCCGGGGCUGCGGCCUCUGGGCUUUCCCGGCUGGCGGGGGCGGCUAGGCCCGGCGGGAGCGGCGGCGGCUCCUCGUCUGGCGGCGGCGUCGGGAGCAGGAAGAGGCCGCUGCUAACCCCGCUCUGCAACGGGCUCCUCAACUCGUACGAGGACAAGAGCAACGACUUCGUGUGCCCCAUCUGUUUUGAUAUGAUUGAAGAAGCAUACAUGACGAAAUGUGGACACAGUUUCUGCUAUAAAUGUAUUCAUCAGAGUCUGGAGGAUAACAACAGAUGCCCCAAAUGUAACUAUGUGGUUGAUAACAUAGAUCAUCUUUACCCCAACUUUUUAGUGAAUGAGCUCAUCCUCAAACAGAAGCAAAGAUUUGAGGAAAAGCGAUUCAAACUGGACCAUUCAGUGAGUAGCACCAAUGGACACAGAUGGCAGAUAUUUCAAGACUUAUUGGGAACUGAUCAAGAUAACCUUGACUUGGCCAAUGUUAACUUGAUGUUGGAGCUGCUUGUGCAAAAGAAGAAGCAGUUGGAGGCAGAGUCCCAUGCUGCCCAACUACAGAUCCUUAUGGAAUUCCUCAAGGUUGCCAGGAGAAAUAAAAGAGAGCAACUGGAGCAGAUCCAGAAAGAGCUAAGUGUUCUGGAAGAGGAUAUUAAACGAGUGGAGGAAAUGAGUGGCUUGUAUUCUCCAGUCAGUGAAGAUAGUACGGUGCCUCAAUUCGAAGCCCCCUCACCUUCAAACAGUAAUAUUAUCGAUUCCACGGAGUACAGCCAGCCUCCAGGAUUCAGUGGCAGUUCUCAGACUAAAAAGCAGCCAUGGUAUAACAGCACGUUGGCAUCAAGGCGGAAGAGGCUUACAGCUCAUUUUGAGGACUUGGAGCAGUGCUAUUUUUCUACCAGGAUGACUCGUGUAUCAGAUGACAGCAGAACCACAAGCCAGCUGGAUGAAUUUCAGGAGUGCCUAUCCAAGUUCACUCGCUACAAUUCCGUCCGACCUUUGGCAACACUGUCUUAUGCUAGCGAUCUCUAUAAUGGCUCCAGUAUAGUAUCCAGUAUCGAAUUCGACCGGGACUGUGACUAUUUUGCUAUUGCCGGGGUGACGAAGAAGAUUAAAGUCUACGAGUAUGGCACUGUCAUUCAGGACGCAGUGGACAUUCAUUACCCUGAGAAUGAAAUGACCUGUAAUUCCAAAAUCAGCUGUAUCAGCUGGAGUAGCUACCACAAGAACCUGUUAGCCAGCAGUGACUAUGAAGGCACCGUCAUCCUGUGGGAUGGGUUCACAGGACAGAGGUCAAAGGUCUACCAGGAGCAUGAGAAAAGAUGCUGGAGUGUUGACUUUAACUUGAUGGACCCUAAACUACUGGCUUCAGGCUCUGAUGAUGCAAAAGUGAAGCUGUGGUCUACGAACCUGGAUAAUUCAGUUGCAAGUAUUGAGGCCAAGGCUAAUGUGUGUUGUGUCAAAUUCAGCCCCUCUUCUAGAUACCAUCUGGCUUUUGGCUGUGCAGAUCACUGUGUUCACUACUAUGAUCUUCGCAACACUAAGCAGCCAAUCAUGGUGUUCAAAGGGCAUCGCAAGGCAGUCUCCUAUGCAAAGUUUGUGAGUGGAGAAGAAAUUGUCUCUGCGUCAACCGACAGUCAGCUGAAGCUGUGGAAUGUAGGGAAACCACACUGCCUGCGCUCUUUCAAGGGUCACAUCAAUGAGAAGAAUUUUGUAGGCCUGGCGUCCAAUGGAGACUACAUUGCCUGUGGAAGCGAAAAUAACUCCCUCUACCUGUACUAUAAGGGCCUCUCAAAGACACUUCUGACUUUCAAAUUUGACACAGUCAAAAGCGUCCUGGACAAGGACCGAAAAGAGGAUGAUACAAAUGAGUUUGUCAGUGCUGUGUGCUGGAGGGCACUUCCAGAUGGGGAAUCCAAUGUGCUCAUCGCUGCUAACAGUCAGGGUACAAUUAAGGUACUGGAGCUGGUAUGAAGUGUUUUCUCUCAAGGCGUGAGGUACUUGGUCCUGCUGACACGCUACAGCUUUCAUUUGGAAUCUUCAGUGGGGCAAGAAACCGGAAACACCUUGAUAUUCCUCUCCACAGCCAUCAUGUUUGGGGUUUUUUCCAUUUACGGACUCUAUAGGACCUUUUGAAACACAGGGAACACCAGUGAACUGUCUGCCAUCAAGGUUAACUCCACGGACUUUGCUGCUGCUUGUAUGGUUGUCUAAUUUUUAUGAUAGGGAAACAGUCUUUUAAAUAAAAACAAAUAACAAAAAGGAAUAAUAAAGAUUAUUGAGCCACAAGGUGAA